UCCAGCAUUUUUCCUCCAUAUAAAGUUGGUACCGUUAAACGGCUGUUGGUAAAUGAGACAUUUUUUCCAAUGUCAAAGUAAUAAAUUCCCAAUUCUGACACAAAAAAAACAAUUUGCAGAAAAAAAUGUUGACAACCUGCAUACACACAUGUUAAUCCCUUUUGCCAAAACAUCGCAGUCUACACAAUAGAUGAAGUGCUGGGUCCAGUAAGUGGCAGUCCCUACAACUAAGUGCUGUGUCCAGUAAGUGGCAGUCCCUACAACUAUGGAUCAGUUGCUGCCAGGGCUGGGGCAGGGGAAAUCUUCAAAGGAGGAACAGGUUAGCCCCCACAAGAUAUCGCUCAUUGUUUUGAUACAUGAGUACUGCAUGCUGCGAAAACCGGUCACCACACAGUCUGUGUUCUCAGAUAAUGAUAGCGAUACUGAGGUGAAAUUCUCAGAAAGAGAAAAACGAGACUUCAUGGUCACCAUUUUACAGCUUUUACAGUCCUCAGAUCUAACUCUCAAAGAGCUGUGCAUAAAAAUCAGAGACAAGAUGAAAACUGAGCUCUAUGUCCUGUUCUUGAAAAAAUUACAGGAAUUUGUAGGGGAGGGUGUGGGAGCAAUGAAAGACUACGUGCAGAAUGUGAUGAGAGAUUAUUUCCAGAACAACAGCGGUGUGGAGAGAACUAGUGUGCUCGGUUUGUUUAUUCGUCGGAUGGUGCUUGCCUUUGAGAAGCUCUCGUUCACCCAAGUCACUGACUUGUACAGGAAGUUUGAGCGAUACUAUGUGGCAGGCGUGGAACAGGACGAGGGUCAGAGUCUUGCAGGAUCCCUCACAGACUCUGCCAUGAGCCUGUCGGGCAUAAGGUUCAGCAGGGGGCGAUCACUUGACCCCUUUCAGCUAGCUGCCGACAGAAAACUAGGUGAAGAAGUGAGAGGUGUUAAUUCACAACGCCAGGCAGAGUACUUCAUACAACAGCAGGUGUUUCUAUUACAACACAAUCCUAAAGAAGCCUUACCCCCUGCUGAUCUGCAGGAGAAAAUCCUUGAAAUGCUGGAAGCCAAUCCUGAACUCGCUGAAGCGCACUUCCUCAGUUACCUGAACAGUCUUCGAGUUAAGGAAUACUGCACGGCAGUUCACAAUCUUUUCCACUACUUUGACCGCAAGACGAUCUUUACCUUGAACAAAGGUCAAGUUCAGGUCAAAGGUCAAAAAGAGGGCGAGGUUCACAGACGCUACGCUGCUUUGAACUUGGCUGCGUUACAUUAUAGAUUUGGUCACAAGGAAGAGGCACUAGCCCCCUUACAGGAGGCCAUUGGGAUGGCACAGGAUGCAAAUGACAAUGUCUGUCUGCAGCAUGCUCUAGGCUGGCUGCAUCGUCUCAGUGAGCAGGGAACCGCACAGACAGAGAACCUUCUGGAGAGAGCUGUGGCAAAGAGCUCUGAACUCAUGUUGCCUAACCUGAUGUCAAUAGGGGUCCAGGCCUGUGCACGACACAAUGCUUUCUCUGCUGCUAAACCCUGCCAGGUGUUUGAGUACCUCCAGAAGAGUGACAUGUUGAACUGUCAGCACUCUCAGUCUGGCUUCAUGUGCACCAGCUUUGCCAACAAGGCAGCACUGUGGCAUAUGUACGGGAAACGUGAGUGCACCUCAAUGUUGAGCCAGAUGAUUCUGCACCUGGAUACCACAGAGCAUUCGGUCUACUAUAACGGGGAGUCCGUCUGUAUAGCCAUGUGUAACCUCGCCAGGAUCCAUGCACAAAUGGGUCAGUACAACUUUGCUCUCGACAUCAUCAACUGCGCAAAGAAACGCUUUCCCAAGAAGCAGGCGUACUCGGAGAUCUGGAUGCAGACAGAACAGGAAGUGCUGUUUGAGCGCACGAUCCUCAACAGGAAGUUCGGUGUUGCAGAACUCGCUGUGUUGAAUCUCAAGGCAUUCAAUCCGCUGGAGUCUCAACUGAGGCAUGCAAUUCUCUGCAAAGAGAAAGGGGACAUAACCCCUGCAUUGACUGAACUGCACAAGUUGCUUGAGACCUGUCAGGUAGAUAAGGGGGACCACUCUGUCACAGCUGACUUUAAAUGCAGGGUUUAUCUGGAGCUGGGAAGCCUGUAUCGUCAGACGGGCAACGCAAGCAGUGCCCAAUCUUACAUACUUGAGAGUAUGACACUGGCUAAAACCCACCACCUCGAGUACAUGACUGCUCUUGGAGCUGUACAGUUGGCCUCCGUACAGCUGAUGAUGCAACUCCCCCACCAAGCCCUUACGAUGCUGUAUCAGUACAUGCUGUCCCUACAGGCCCAUGGCACGGUGUAUGACCAGGCAAACUACCUCAUGUGCUACGUCAAGUGUAAGGUCGCCAUAGCAACCAGGCAGGCGGGCGACAAGAAACGCGAGGGCUUGCUAUCCUGCGUGAACAGUCUUAACCGUGUGACGGAGUUGUAUCAGAACUGUGAGGCAUUCCUUCAUGUCAAGAACCCAGUGUAUCUACAGGCACGACUGUACCAUGAACUGGGAUUCACAACCGAGAGAAAUAGAUGUUCACACCAGUACAGACAGAUCGACCAGCAGUACCCGACACUUUCACACAUUUCUGUCAAUGUAAUUUGAAUAUUUCAGCCAUUAUUGUUGCUGCCAUUGACACAUUUCAGAUGUUAUUGUAAGUACCGUGUGAAAAUUUCUCCGAGACCGUAUGCUUUCCUUGUGUAAGAACCCACCUUAAAUAAUUACCGGUAAAUGCAAUUUGAUUAUUUCAGACAGUAUUGAUGCUGCCAUUGAAAUAUUUCACAUGUUAUUGUGAGUAAGUAACAUGUGAAAAUUUCACCCUGACUGUAUGUUUUCCUUGUGUAAGAUACCACCUUAAAUGAUUAAAUGCAAUUUGAUUAUUUCAGACAGUAUUGUUGCUGCCAUUGAAAUAUUUCAAAUGUUAUUGUGAGUAAGUACCAUGUGAAAAUUUCACAGAUUACCUAAAUGCCCCUGAAAUAUUUCACCUGCUACUGACAAUGCUUAUUCAAUAUUUUCACAGAUAAUUGUUGAUGACAUUUUAAAAAUUUACAUAACUAUUCAUGUCAUGUGAACAUUUCAUAAAUAGCUUACAAAAGCAUGUGAACAACUUUUUAAAGCCAAUUUUCUUAAAUAGGGGUUUAAAAGUAAACACACAUAAGCAUUUAACACUAUAAUAAGCGGUUGUAAAACCAAUGAAGGACAUAAAUAAAACGACUUAAUAUUUUUAGUUAUGUGAUAAUACAAUUUGUUGCUUAAAUAAACAGGUUAUUCAAA